GGCUGGCGCGUUUGGCCGGCUACCGGGCAGGUUCGGGACGUCAGUCUGUCCGUCGAUCUGGACGGAGUUUCCAGAUCGCGGCGCCAGGAUGGGGCUGGCGCCGCUGCCGCUAUUCCUGGGGCUCUUCCUCCGCGCGCUCUGGAGAGAAGCUGUUGCCGAGGCAAGGGAAGAAGCUGACCCCUACCUGCCGUUGUCAGGAGCCGCUCCGGGAGGCCAGCCAGCUGACCACGCCCCACCGUCUUUCGCUCACACCAGUGGCUACCAGCCUGUGUUGAUGUUUUCACCUGCCCAGCCUGGACGCCCCCACCCAGGAGACGCAGCCCUUCCCCACGUGACCCCUGCCGGGUCCAAGCUACCACCUCUUGCUUUCAAUCACACGGUCGGACACAUAAUACUUUCCGAACAUAAAGACGUCAAAUUUAAUUGCUCGAUCAGUAUACCUAACAUCUACCAAGACGUCGCCGUUAUUUCUUGGUGGAAAGAUGGGAAGGAGCUGCUUGGAGCACAUCACGCGAUUACGCAGUUUUACCCAGAUGAUGAAGUCACGGCGGUGAUUGCUUCCUUCAGCAUAAGCGGUGUGCAGCGUUCAGACAAUGGAUCCUACGUCUGUAAGAUGAAAAUAAACGAUGACGAGAUUGUGUCCGACCCCAUCGACAUCGAGGUACAAGGGCUUCCUCACUUCACGAAGCAGCCCGAGGACAUGAACGUCACCCGAAACACCGCUUUCAACCUCACUUGUCAGGCCGUGGGCCCGCCUGAGCCGGUCAGCAUCUUCUGGGUUCAGAACAGCAGCCGCGUUAAUGAGCAGCCUGUAAAGUCCCCCUCCGUUCUGACCGUUCCUGGUCUGACCGAGGCGGCCAUCUUCAGCUGCGAGGCCCACAACGACAAAGGGCUGACUGUGUCCAGGGGUGUGCAGAUCAACAUCAAAGCGAUUCCCUCCCCGCCUACCGAAGUCAGCGUCCACAACAGGACUGCGCACAGCAUGCUGGUCUCCUGGGUCCCGGGUUUUGAUGGCUACUCCCCGUUCCGGAACUGCAGUGUUCAGGUCAGGGACGUGGAUCCGCUGAGUAAUGGCUCAGUCAUGAUCUUUAACACCUCUGCUUCGCCACAUCUGUACCAAAUCAAGCAGCUGCAAGCCCUGGCUAAUUACAGCAUCGGCGUGUCCUGCAUGAAUGAAAUAGGCUGGUCCGCCGUGAGCUCCUGGAUUCUGGCCAGCACGACGGAAGGAGCCCCGUCAGUGGCACCGUCAAACGUCACCGCAUUUCUCAAUGAAUCUACUAAUAACGUGGACGUGAGAUGGACGAAGCCUCCGAUUAAGCGGCGGGAUGGGGAACUGGUGGGCUACCGGAUCUCUCACUUGUGGCAGAGCGCGGGGACUUCUGAACAGCUCUCUGAAGAAGUCAGCCAGAACAGCAGCCGGGCCCAGCUCUCUGUUCACCUCCACAACGCCACGUGCACAGUGAGAAUUGCAGCUGUCACAAAAGGGGGAGUUGGACCCUUCAGUGACCCAGUGAAAAUAUUUAUCCCAGCGCACGGUGGGAUUGGUUCUGCCCCCUCAUCAACCCCUGCACCUGGCAGCACAGAGCCUGUGGUCAUCAUCCUUGGCUGCUUUUGCGGAUUUAUUUUCAUUGGGCUGGUCUUCUAUAUCUCUCUGGCCAUCAGAAAAAGACUCCAGGAGACGAAGUUUGGGAACGCGUUCGCCGAGGAGGAUUCUGAAUUAGUGGUGAACUACAUAGCAAAGAAGUCCUUCUGUCGGCGAGCCAUCGAGCUUACCUUGCACAGCUUGGGAGUCAGCGAGGAGCUGCAAAAUAAACUAGAAGAUGUCGUGAUUGACAGGAAUCUUCUAGUUCUUGGGAAAAUUCUGGGUGAAGGAGAGUUUGGGUCUGUGAUGGAAGGAAACCUUAAACAGCAAGAUGGAAGCUCUCAGAAAGUGGCAGUGAAGACCAUGAAGUUGGACAACUUUUCGCAGCGGGAGAUCGAGGAGUUUCUCAGCGAGGCAGCGUGCAUGAAGGACUUCAGCCACCCGAACGUCAUCCGACUUCUAGGUGUGUGUAUAGAAAUGAGCUCUCAAGGCAUCCCCAAACCCAUGGUGGUUUUACCGUUCAUGAAGUACGGGGAUCUGCAUACCUACCUCCUUUAUUCCCGACUGGAUACAGGAUCGAAGCACAUCCCUCUGCAGACGUUGUUGAAGUUCAUGGUGGACAUUGCCCUGGGAAUGGAGUAUCUGAGCAACAGGAACUUUCUGCAUAGAGAUUUAGCUGCUCGAAACUGCAUGCUGCGAGACGACAUGACUGUCUGUGUGGCGGACUUCGGCCUCUCCAAGAAGAUCUACAGCGGGGAUUACUACCGCCAAGGCCGCAUCGCGAAGAUGCCUGUGAAGUGGAUCGCCAUAGAGAGCCUUGCGGACCGAGUCUACACCAGUAAAAGUGACGUGUGGGCAUUUGGUGUGACCAUGUGGGAAAUAGCAACGCGGGGAAUGACGCCCUACCCCGGGGUGCAGAACCAUGAGAUGUACGACUACCUUCUGCACGGCCACAGGCUGACACAGCCCGAGGGCUGCCUGGACCAACUGUAUGAAAUAAUGUACUCCUGCUGGGCCGCCGACCCCUUGGACCGGCCCUCGUUUUCCGUGCUGAGGCUGCAGCUGGAGAAGCUCCUGGAAAGCCUGCCCGAGGUUCAGGACAAGGCAGACGUCUUUUACAUCAACACCCCUCUGCUGGAGAGCUGCGAGGGCCUGGCCGAGGGGCCCGCCCUCGGCUCGCUGGACCUGAACCUCGACCCGGACUCCAUCAUUGCCGCCUGCAACCCCAGCGCCGCCAUCAGCGUGGUCACCGCCCAAGUCCACGAGCACAGGGCUCCGGAGGGCCGGUAUGUCCUGGACGGGGGCGGCGAGGACUGGGAGGCCCCGGGCGCUUCGAGGGAAGACAGACCCGCCCGGAACGGGGCCUCCUGGUCACUGCGCAGCACGCUGCCCGCGGGGAGCCCACCGCCUGAGGAACUUGAGUUUGCCGAUGACUCCUCCGGAGACUCGGACAUCCCGAUAUGAGCAGCAGUGGCGUGGUUACAGCCAGGUUCGCUGUCCUGCCCGGUGUCUUCUUUCCAAGUAAAACGCCAUGGCCCCAGAACACCAGCUGAGUGUCCGUCUUCACGUCCGUCUUCGUCAGAAAUGCAUAAUAUAUAUUUAUUUAAGGAGAAGUGUAUAUGUCUGUAUAUGGUGGAAAGAGAUCAGCAUAUUUUAAUAAAAGAUGACAACUCUUGCGGAUCUUACCAUUUAAGCUUCAGCUGGUCCCUGAUACUCAACGUUUGUGCAAAGUUCUUUUUUUUUUUUUUUUGCAGAGUUUUAUUUUUUAAAGUUCAUCUCUUUUUUUUUUUUCAUCUUUUUUUCAGCUAUUGUAUGUAAAAAAAAUAUGUAUAUACUGGUAAAAUGAAAUGCCAUCUCUGAUAUCACUUCUGGUUUUGUGAGAAAUGUGGUAUUUUGACAUGAAUCGUGUAUUGGAUAAGAAUGAUGCAUUUACUAUUCGAAGUUUUCUGAUUAGUUUUUUGAGACGACUUCCUAAUAAAACAUGGACGGGGGGAGGAUGUGCUGAAAUUACUGCACACGGCAUGCAUAGCUGUCACCGGUGGCCCCAGGGCCUUUGCAAAGGACUCCUUUCAGUGUGUGGGUCCCAGUGCCACUCCUGGCUUUGCUGUUGGGAGACAGGGGAAACCCGUUCUGGGAGUCCAUGGACUGGUACACAGGGAUCCUUAAUGCCAUCCGAGCUGCAAGCUACAGAGUAGAAGGGUCUGACAGGUGGCAGUGGGGCAGGGCACCAAGCUCACAUCCCACUGUUGCCCGGGGCCUUGUUGGGUCUCGGGAACUCUCUGUGCACUGUCUGGUUUGUUCUGGACCCCGUUCUGCUACGGGUACCAGUGCUGCUGUGACGUGUGGCUCGUGGAGCCGCAGUAACCUGCCCGUGGUCCACAGCCAGGAGAGGUGGCGCCGGAAUGCAGAGCGCCGGAUCUCAGCCACAGCAUCUUCAGGCCUGUUUGCUUCCCACUUGGGAGCAGCCUCUGAAAGCCUUCAAGGAUCGAUGUCGUCACAGGCUGCAAGGGUGCGGCCCGCACAGCCCGGUCCUGGCCUGGCUGCCAGCCUGGGCACCCCGAUCUCCAGCGUGAACCAGCUGCUCUUACUGUGAAAACGUUCUGAGGGUUUGAAAAGAGCCUGUAUUGUUACAAGAAAUGCAAGCAUUACAUUUAUUGGUGAAAGGGAAAAAAAAGUUACAUCUGAUAAAGAUAAUUUAUACUGUUAAAAACUUUUGAGUGGUCAUUUAAAAAAAAAAUCAAUAAAAAAUUUUUAUUACCUA